AUGUCUGGUUUUGAUAUUGCAACAAUUCUCGAUAAGAAAGAUAGAACAUUACCCAAACCCUUUAACAUUCACCCUGGAUAUGAUAUGAAAUAUGUCGUGUCAUAUAUUGGAAAUUAUUUUGCUUUUGAUGGAAAACGAUAUGACGAACUCUUUGAUAAUGAGAGAUUAUUUGAUACUUUAUCUAUCAUAAAACAGAAUGAAACACCAGUUCAAUGGGCGAUACAGGUGAGAGUACCUUUACAGAAUUUAUUAAAUGCUGGAAAAUUUAGUGUAUAUCAUCAGUUAUGUUUAUUCGCAUCAUUUGGUAAAG